GGAAGUUAAAAUGCAUGAGGUUUUAGUAAAUGGUGUCAUCACACCUAAGCCAGUUGUCCUUUAGUGUUUCAGAUUAGCAGACCAGUUUUUACCGGCCAUAAGUCACAAAGAUGAACAGAAGGAUGCUCUGUAUCGCUCUCUUCAUUGCUGUUCUGCCCUGUAUGGCCGAAGCAAACGAAGAACUUAACAGCCCAUAUGAUAUGACAAUGAGUCAUUUGGAUAAGGGCUCAGCCCCUGACACCAGCAAGAAAACCCCCGAGGUGUCACCGUCUUCACCAUGCUGUGGACUGGAUGAGCUCAAGCAUUCGCUCGCCCAGCUAAUCCAGGAAGAACAGGAGAGCAGGGGCUGGUACGGCGAAAUGGUGAAGAUCCUAAAUCAGAUGGUGCAAGAAAACAAGGAGGUGGCCAGCGUUCAGGCCGAGAUCCUGAAGGUCCUGCGGGCCACGAGCGACCAAGGCGAGCAGCAGCUUCUUCAUCUCCAGAGCUUGGCUCGUCUUCAGAGCCUCCUCGUGGAGAACCACCAGGCGUUGCUGCUGCAAGUGUCUCGCAUUGCUACCACACUGCAGGAUUCGGCUAAGAGACAGGGCAAAUAAAUGCAUGGGCAAAACGACCAUAUGAAGCAUUUCAAGGGCAUAUUAUACUUGUACUAACAAAGUCACUCAAUAAUAGGUAAAAAAAGAAAUUAAUAAAUGAAAUGAAGUUGUUGUUUUGUGUUACUCUCUCGUAUAUAACCUCACACUUGAAAGUCCUGCAUUCUGGAAUGAUUUUUUUUUUUUUUUUUUUUUUGUAUUGUUGUGUUUUAUGUUUCAUCUAACCUGUUGCAUGAAGAAAUGUCAAUAAACAAGCUACUGAUGACACCUCUGUUUGGCUUCAAGAAUCAUUGACUUCAUGAAUCAGUCAAUCCGUUUCAUUGUUUAUCUAUGCACCCCAUAUAUGCAUGCAUGCUUUUUCACUUUUCUUGAGUUUCUCUGCUCUUCUGUGUGUCUGAGCAGAGCUUCCCGCACCAGUGAUAAAACUAAACUCCUCUCCGCUGAGUCGAUCUGGUCAGCAAAUACAAACACACAAAAUAAUGCUCUUUUUAGCAACGUCACAUGACCCCUUUAAUAUGGCUACCUUUUUUGUGCUUGUCCCUUUAAAUGCAAGAAGAGGGCGAAGCUUCAAGAGCUCAAGCUUCGGCAAUAGUCUAUGGAGACUCCUAUGUUCCUUGGUACAUCCCAAAACACAACACUUGUAAUGCCUCUUUAGCGUUGGCAGUGUAUAUCUCCAAGCAGCUAAUGUUAUACAGCAAGAAAACAGUAAUGGCAGACUGCUGCUCCUCACUCAGGGUUGUGUUUAUGCUAACACGGCAGAGAGCAUCACAAAUGGGCCGGACUUUUGUUUUGACUGGCUGUCAAGGUGUAAAAGAAUGAAGUAAAAUGCGAACAUUUUGUAUAGGUGUGUCCCAAUGGGCAUUGUUAUGCACUAUUCAAUUUAAUUUUGUUUAGUACAAGUACUGUGAGUGGUGUGUUUACACUGACAGUACAUACACAAUUUUACUAAAGACGACUCAAAAUUAUCUUCCCACAGCAUCGUAUACAACCAUAGAGCAAUGCCUUGUCAAUGCAUAUGAACAGCUACACGACAUAAUUGUUGUAUUUACGUAGGAAGUAAAAGCUUCUUCUUUUCAGCUGAACAAUGAAGACCUGCAUCCAGAGCUUCAGAGGCAGCUGAUGGAGCAGUUUGGCCUAACAUAUAAACCUGAAAUUCAAAACGCCUGUAAUUAGACUUAGAGCUAACAAGAUGAGCAAAAUUUCUUUAUACUCCUAUGCAUUCUGUCUUUAUAAUGAUGACUUUGUAAAAUAAUGCUACUGUAUAUCAUUUUGUGAUUCUUUUGUAGCAGAUCGUUUAGUUUUUUACUCUACAUUUUUUUUUUUACUAUGGCAGCUAACACUUUAUAACUUAAAUGUUUGCAAACGUGUAUUCCUCCUUUGUGAUUUUUAUUCUUUUUCCUGGCUUUGUAGAUGCAGCAACAAUUUUGGUAGACUCAUGAAGAAUAAAAAAUCUGAGUAUAUUUCUUCUCAUAUUGUACAUCAAAUACACCUCAGUGAUUAAGAAAACAAGUGGAAAAACUGUUUCUGUUUGAUAUAAAUAGGAGGUGAAAAACAGGCUAAUCAUUAUGGUCUUAUAAUCAUCUUAUGGAAAGACCCGAGUAUAGACUGUUGAGCGGCACAAAACAGGAAAAUGAAAAACCCUUCAUUUCCACCAUUAGGUCAAUACUAAGAUUAAAUGACCUAGAGACUUGUAAUAUGCAUACUUAUUGUAACUUUUUUCAGUGCAGAAGCACCUCAACCUGCAUAACCAAAAAAUAUGUUCAUGCCAAAAGUGUCACAUUAUUACUAUAUUUUUCUGACUCUAAAAUUAAAUAAAACCCUAAGGUUAAACGUAACUUUAAAAACAAAUAUCUUGAUGUCACUUUUGUGGCAUUGUAGCACGCACGCACACACACACACACACACGCACACACACACACACACACACACACACACACACUGUAAUAUCUGAUAAGAUUUCAGAUAUGUUACCUAAAUUUUCCAGUUUAGUGACAGCUUCGCAAACGCGUCGGGUUCAUAGGGUUCAUAGCAAUAAGUAUUUGUGCGUGGUGGGCGUGGCUUGCCGCAGAAACGUCACACGUAGUCCCGUCUGCCGUCAGUCACCGGUUGUCGCUAGGAUACCGCAGAUGCCUCCAGUUCCGGAGUUUACGGGACAAGUUUACGGUGAAUCUAUUUUGAGUGAGUUAUGGCAAAAUCGCCUUCUGAACCGGUAGGAACUCAUACUUAUGUAUUCAGCACUGCUCUAGUAAACUAUUUCAGCGAUAUGAAUAUGAACAGACCGAGUGUGUGUUAGAAUAAGCAGCCGUUUGCACGCUAAUUACUGUUUUUCCCGGUUUGAUUAACUUUAUUUGAUGUGUUUAACUUAAUUGUAGAUGAAAGAUCACGGAGAUGUGCGCUUAUGGAUCAUGUGUAACAUUUAGUUAUGAGUUUAGCAUGUACAUGACGAUCAUUUAACAUAUUAUUAGAGAAAAUAAAUGUAAUUAUUUGCUAAAUUAGUUUUAGCAAGAUAUGUACAGUAUGUUUGGAUGUAUUUGUUUGGUCUCAUUAGUGUAAAAUACAGAACCUAAUAAUUAUGUAAAGUUAUACUGUAUAUUAUGAACAUUUAAUAUGUAAUAUUUGUAACAGUAAUAAGGACAGACAAAUCCCUCACUCUAAAAAAAAUCAGCUUAUUAAAGUAAAACAUUCUUUUUGUUAUUGUUAAAAUGUUAAAUGUUAAAAGGAGACCAUAGUCUAAUAUGGUCAAGAGAGAAAAUUAACGUUGUACCAAUUAUUGCAUAACAGAUAACAAUGCCUUCCUCUGGACGCUGGGACUGGAACGAUGAAACAAAAACCCUGGAGUUCAUACGGUAAAAACUGACCAUGGUCUUAUUAACUAGUGUUUUGCUAUGAUGUUUUUAACAGUCUGUCAGCGUUUGGUUUGGUUUCGCCUUUUUUCCCCCCAUUUUUAUCAAUCACUACUUCAGUUUUCUUUUGUUUGCAGUUUCGAAGCCAAAGAAGAGGUGAAAGAGAAGAAGAAAACAAAUACGUCUAAAUCCCAAGAGCAGUCCAGGAAGCCUCUGGAGAAGUGGCAAACGAAUACGGUGCGUCCCGCUCAACUGGAAGCCUUCAAGACCUCAUUAAAACGCUCACUAAUGGAAUGCGUCACAAUUCAGGAUGUUAAAUUGGCAGCAGUCUGUUUGCUACACAAGAACGACAGGUUUCCCAUUCCUCCACGUUUUCUGUCCCUGCUAAAGAGCAAAGAGCUGGAUGAGCUUCUCGCCAAACUCCUGCUCUACUUUUCUUGCUACUUUGAGAAGAAAGCUCUGGAGGAGAAACCGACGUUUGUCAUAGCCGGGCCAUCAUUACUCAGUGACUCUGAGAUGCAGAUGAAUGCUAAACUGGAGCUGGCACAAAGGCAGUUUGCCGUCUGUUACUUCAGUCUGCAGCUGAAGCUGCUCCCUCAUCAGCACCAGAUUUCUGACAGAAUCAGGAUGUCCUUAAACGCAUCCAUUGACCGUGACAUGCAACUAAAUGAGUGUCUCCUCAGAUUUUACAGCUAUGCUGCAUGGGUGACCUUUGAGAGGCGGGGCCUAAAGGGCAUUCGGAUGGAGAUCGGACGCUUGUUUGGCUCAAACGUGUUUAACCCUGCACCGAAUGAAUCCAAAAAUGAAUGGAAAGACCAGGAGAGUUCCCAGAAGAGUCCGUCUAAGUUUCUGAACUCCCGACAAACAUCACUGAAUACCUGGAAGUCAAACCGUCUUCCACCCCUGAACAAAAUCAUAACCCAGCGUUCCCCGCUGAUGGUGUCUCUGCUGCCGACUCCACAAGAAAAGGCCCCUCACCUGUUUGAGCGCUCCAGAGGUCCUCAAGUGCCCUCGACUGAAGACAGUGAUUCAGAGGCGGUGAUGGAGGAGCUCAAAGAGCAGCUUAAAGAGCAGCUGAGGUCUCUGAGCUUUGGAAUCCUUGGAAGGCCUUUGAGCCAGUUCAGCCCCGAGACACUGAAGCCUCAGGAAAGCCCGAGUGAAGAGGAGACUGAGAACGAGGAAGACGAGGGUAGUAACAGCAAAGUGGUGAGCGCUGACCCACGCGUACUCAUCAAGACCUCCGUCACUGGCCAAAGAUCGCUCACCACAGCUGCAGACAAACGCAUGCGCUCCAGCCGAGCUGACUUAGUCUGCAGAGCCACCACUGAAGCGGUGUCCUCAGACACAGAAUAAACCUGAAAACGCUGGAAACUG